CUGUACACGAGCGUUGAUGAUCAAACAGCUGUCAGCUGGUUUGCGUGUUUACAAAAACAUUCCGAACCCGCGGAAGCAAGACAUUUUGCAUCGGUCGCUUUAAUUCUCGCGGAAGUAAUCACUGUAAUUGGUUUAAUUGUUCAACACAGGUAUUUCCCAGCAAUACUGAAGUAUGGAUAAAAGUGUCGGACGGGACAAACGUCGCAAAGACAAGCAUCACAAGAAACCGCCCCCAGCGAAACCAACCCCGGGAGGACCGAAUAAACCCCAGAAGGAACCAGUCCCCGCCUCGGCUCCCUUAAUAGUUUGUGACGAUCACUUCUCGCGACGGCCCAUCGAAUCCAACUGGAACAGCACCAAAAACCUUCCGUCAUCCGAGGGAAGCGAUUCCGAAGACGAACAGCUUCGGGCCGCCGAUUUUGAGGGGCUUCUGCAGAUGCCCCCGUCCGUUAGUGGCCACUUGUUCCUCAGCACCGAAAAGCACUGGAUUAUCGAGAGUGAGGAGGGAUUGACAUCCGGGGGCAAAUCCGGCCAGCAGUACGGACAGCGCUUCCAGAUCGAUACCAAGCAGCUGACGGCCAGUUUGGCCACGAUACCUUUCUACGAACGGAACGAUUACCCGAGCGAGCUCUUCUCCAAGCAGGAAAUCGAUUCCAUGAAACUGAAAGCGCAGUACGAAUCGAAAAAGUACGACGAGCUUUGUCAGAGAUUGAAGCCGCCCGGAAGAAUGGGCGACAAACAGCAGGUUCCGAAACCUCCGGUCAAGUGCCUUAUCGGAACGGACUCGCGUCCUCCGCAGCCGGAAAGAAUCGUUGAGGAUCCGGCCCCACCUCUCCGUCCAGUUCCCUGUCUGGUUGGUCCGAUGGCGUUGCCACCGGAGUUAAGAAACGAUCCCAACGUGACCGGAGGACGGAGCCAGGCUUCCUUGGUGAUACGGCUCAGCGAGGUCGAUAUAACGGCCGAUAGUCAACAGCGGAACGUGACACCGCCUAGUGGGGAAUCGGUACCCAUUCGAAAUGAUGAGCCCACCACUUCAGAACAGAAGCUCAAGGAAGAUACAAGAAGGGUGGAAAGUAAAUCGGAAGCGACCGGGAAGGAGACGAAAGAGGACAUUCAGCAGUGGCUUGAUGACAUUUUGGAUAUGUAGGUAGGUGCUUAUUACAAUUUUUAUAUUAAAGUCUUGUUACUAGCAGUA